AUGUGUUGGACAAGAGUUAAACAUGUGCUAAAAGUUUUGUAUUCCUACAUCCGUUCUCUAAUAGGACUAUUGUUUUUAUUAAUUGUCUAUUCCCUAAUUGGUGCUUUUAUAUUUCGAGCCAUUGAAGCUCCAUAUGAAACUGAACAAAAGGCGAUUAUAAAAAAGGAAAGGAAAGAGAUUAUUGAACAAUUUGUGAAUUUUACCAAUUUACCCGUACUUAACGAGACUGAGCUUAGAAAUCAAUUAUUUAAUUUACUAAAAGAUUAUGAAGAGGAAGUCUACACGGCUUAUAAAACUGGUGUUUCACUUUCCGUCACUAAACCAAAAUGGGAUUUUUAUACUGCUUUAUUUUAUUGUGGAACUGUUUAUACGACAAUAGGAUAUGGUCACAUCUAUCCUUCAACUACCUUAGGACAAAUUGUUACAAUAAUAUAUGCCUUUAUUGGUAUACCACUCGCGUUAAUAACAUUAGCUGAUAUGGGUAAACGAUUCACGUUUGGAAUUAAAUUUGUUUUAGCCUUUCUAAGUCAGAUAUGUAAAAGUAGAUGUUGUAGGAAAAUGUAUUUUGGAUAUGAAGUGGACACGGAAUUUAAUGUGAAUUUCUAUUUGGCACUAACCAUUGUUAUAGUGUAUAUGUUUCUAGGAGCUUUUAUAUACACCAGAUGGGAAGCUUGGACGUAUUUCGAAGCGGUGUAUUUUAUUUUCAUUUCUAUUAGUACCAUAGGUUUCGGGGAUAUUAUACCUGCUCAUCCCAAAUUUUUCCUUUUAUCAUCAGUGUAUGUGUUUAUAGGACUCUCUCUAGUAUCAAUGUGUAUUAACGUGGCUAUAGUUUACUUUACACAACAAAUUGACAAAGCAAAGGUGAACAUUGGACGUGCUACGGAGAUGGCUAUGGAAAGGACUAAUAAAACAUUUUCACUUGCCAAAGGAAAGAUGCACGAAAUGAGCAUUAAGAUGAACAAUCACCAUCAUCAUGAUCAUAGCCCCGAUCGUGAUCAUAAUGUUCAUCAUCAUUCCGGGGAAAAUGGUCAUCAAAAGAAACAUAAUCAUAAUAUUUUCAAAGUAAAUUUUAAAAAUGGUCACGUUCAUGGUCGACAUCGCCAUGGAAGGAAUUCUAUCUAA